CGCCGUGCACGAGCAGGUCAGUGUUGUAAAAGCAGGAAAUAGUGAGAGGCGUUAGCAGCUGCGGCUUUCAGCAUUAUUUACAAACAAAACCGCUGCAAACAUUAUAGUGUAUCCGAGGGAGACAAAACAGCCACUUGAGUUUUAUCAUCGGCGGGAGCGACAUGUCAGAGACAUACGAUUUCCUGUUUAAGUUCCUGGUGAUUGGCGGCGCUGGGACUGGGAAAUCAUGCCUCCUUCACCAGUUCAUAGAGAACAAGUUCAAACAGGACUCCAACCACACCAUUGGUGUCGAAUUUGGCUCCAGAGUUGUCAACGUUGGCGGCAAAACAGUAAAACUGCAGAUUUGGGACACGGCUGGACAGGAGCGUUUUAGGUCGGUUACCCGCAGUUACUAUCGUGGAGCAGCAGGGGCUCUUCUAGUCUAUGACAUCACAAGUCGGGAGACCUAUAAUGCUCUGACCAACUGGCUGACGGAUGCACGGACGCUGGCCAGUCCCAACAUCGUCAUCAUUCUGUGUGGAAAUAAGAAGGAUCUGGAUGCAGAUCGUGAGGUCACUUUCCUGGAGGCUUCUCGCUUCGCCCAGGAGAACGAGCUGAUGUUUUUGGAGACGAGUGCUUUAACUGGAGAGAACGUAGAAGAAGGCUUUCUCAAAUGUGCUCGCACCAUUCUCAACAAGAUCGAAUCAGGGGAGUUGGACCCGGAGCGGAUGGGUUCUGGGAUCCAGUACGGCGAUGCAUCCCUGAGGCAGCUCAGACAGCCCCGGGGCUCUGCUGCACAGACCAAACCACAGUGUAACUGUUAGGGGGUCAAGACACCCUGACCGGUUCUGACUCCAUCCAUACACAAUCCCUCCCCUCAGCUCCAGGUGUCUCUGGGUAUGCACGGAUCCCAUCACACCCAGACACAUCUGGAUCAAGUCCAUCUGCAACCUUUGACCUCUUGAGCUCAGAGAUAAAACUGCUGGCCUAGGACAGAUCUCCCCGGCCCAUAUGAGCUGUGCUGGGAUAUGGGCAGUGGAGGUGACCUGACUGAUAGACUUUUUUUUUACUUAUUCUGAGAUUUUCACCCUUCAUUGAAAGGUUAACAGAAUACACUGGACUGGCUUAUUCAACAAACCAUUCAACAAAAGUAGACAUUUUUUUAAGUUUUACAAACAGCACAUUUCAUACAUUGACACAUUUGACUUUUAUUGGUGUUCAUUUGAAUGUGUUCCCCCUACUGUUUUAUUGUAAUGUUGUAAAAACAGAUUAGCAUGUGAACAGUCACCCAUGCUAGUUUUCCAUUUACAUGUUAUUUAUUUUAGCUCUAAGCAUCUAUGAAUAUUGAAAUGUCCUGAUGCAAUAGCGGUGUAUCUACAUGUACAUCUCUAUGCUGCCAGGGCUGUUGAAAGCACAAGAGGUGAAGGCAACAUGAAACAUCUGUUUCAGAAACAUAUCAGAUGUUUAGGGCUGCCCUGCUUUGGGUUGGGUUGAAGGUUAUCAUACAAUUUACCCUCAGUCGUCCUUACCAUAGACCUUCAACUUUCAUGUUGGUUGAAUAAUUUAUUGAAAUUUAGUAAUAUUCAGAUUUUAGAUGUAUUUUUAAUUUUACAAAGAGAUGCUUGGUUUAUCAUCAUACAUUUCAAGCAUAAUACAUUUUGAACCACCGACAUGAUAUUCCUGGGUCAUUUUUUAUCCCAAAUCAAGAAAAUAAAACCUUUUUUUUAUAUUCAUUAAGAUUUUGUUUCCCCAUUCUUAGUAACUCCAAAAUAAUAUUUAUUUUGUAACUACACAUCAUGGUAAUAUUUACUAUAAUAAUGUAUACUGGCAAUAUUUUAUUUUGCAUUACAUUAAUAAGAAUGCAAAGGGGAAAUGCCAUCAUUUGUCACGAAAAUGGCACAAUGCAAAAUAAUAAUGGUCAUUUUUUUUCACUGAUAGGUUUUAUAUUGAUUUUGGGGUAAAAAUUGGCCCAUUUCUUCAUAAGAUCCACCCUCUUAUUUUUAAUGUCAGUAAAACGUCCACACCACCAUGCACUUAGUAAGUAUUUCGUUAAAUUACCACUGGAGGGCAAUUCAAACUGAUCAUUAUUUUCCAUUAAAAUCACAUUUUUAGUUUGUUUCUUUAUCGGUUGUUACCCAUGACGGAGAGAUCUAGAGGUGAUGGCCAGCACAGCCCUUCACUCGGUGACAUCACAGACCGAUGUGUUUUCAUCUAUACGAAACGUGAUUUUAAUUUCUCUUUAUUUUUCUGCAAGUGCACUUUUUUGACUGUUUAUAUACUGUACCUAUAGAAUUGUAAAAAUGAUAGUAAUUUAAUUAUAUUAAAUGAGAGAAUAUCGUUUGAGGAGUGAUCAUUCCUUGCUGAAGUGUAGUCCGACACCAUUUCACUGGUAGGAAAUGUCGCCAUGAUAGCUGUGGGCAUUUUGUUAGUCAUGAAUGUGGAGAGGGUGAAGAUAUCCACAUCUCCUCUAGCACAAAGCACAGCCUUAACUGACUAACCACACACAUUCCGACAUAUGGGAUCAUGGCCGCAUCAUGCUUUUAUUACUGCGUGAGCUCUUUUAAAUGCACUGUUACCUUUUGUUACCUGUGCUUUUUUGUUUGGUCCAUGCAACCACAAUCACUUUUGUGUUUUAAGUGUUUGUUCAACAAAUAUGACUCCACAAAAUGAAUAUUAUGGGGUAGAUAUAAGGUAAGCCGUAUUGACAAAAUCUGCUAAGAAAUGACCGAGAUUACAUUCUUGGUAGCAAAAAUGCAUUUGUUAUUGAACUGAACUUGUAUUGAACCUGGAACAUUCCUUUAAUGUUGCUGAUAUGUACUGUUCCCCUUACAUUUGCAUGGUGAUGCUUUGUGUGUUCCCAUAGACCUUGUAUGUGGUGAUGUUAGAAGAACUGCACUGCCCGAGUCAUCUGAAAUGUGUUGGCUUAUGUAGUGGAAUUUGGUAGCAUUUCAUAACCAAAAAUUUAUAUCAGAAAGCUUCAGUGCAUUUAAUGAGUAGCUCAAAAAUACAGCAUAAAAUCAGUUGUUGCUUGGUAACCAGUGUGAUUUAUUCAUAAUAUCUGGAUCAUCUAUGCUGUAAAUAAGAUUGACUUUGUCUAUUGGAGUGUUUGGGAGGUGCUUGUUUAUUUUAAAGAUUACGGAUUAAAGUUUGCUUGUUUUUUAUGUUAUGUGAA